UGAAGAGAUGAGAGCCAACUGUUCCAGCAGCUCAGCCUGUGCUGCUAACAGUUCAGAGGAGGAGCUGCCGGUGGGACUGGAGGCACAUGGGAACCUCGAACUCGUUUUCACAGUGGUGUCCGCCGUGAUGAUGGGCCUGCUCAUGUUCUCCCUGGGAUGCUCUGUGGAGUUCCAGAAGCUCUGGGCACACAUCAGGAGACCCUGGGGCAUUGCUGUGGGACUCCUCUGCCAGUUUGGCCUCAUGCCUCUCACAGCCUAUCUUCUGGCCAUCAGUUUCUCUCUGAAGCCCGUCCAAGCUAUUGCCGUUCUCGUCAUGGGGUGCUGCCCUGGGGGAACCAUCUCUAACAUUUUCACCUUCUGGGUCGAAGGAGAUAUGGAUCUCAGCAUCACCAUGACAACCUGUUCCACAGUGGCCGCUCUGGGAAUGAUGCCGCUCUGCCUGUAUGUCUACACCUUGUCCUGGAAUCUUGAGCAAAAUCUUACCAUCCCGUAUCAGAACAUAGGAAUCACCCUUGUGUGCCUGACCAUCCCUGUGGCCUUCGGAAUCUAUGUGAAUUACAGGUGGCCUAAGCAAUCCAAAAUCAUUCUCAAGAUUGGGGCCAUUGUUGGUGGGGUCCUCCUUUUGGUGGUCGCAGUUGCUGGUGUGGUGUUGGCAAAAGGAUCUUGGAAUUCAGACAUCACUCUUCUGACCAUCAGUUUCAUCUUUCCUUUGAUUGGCCAUGUCACGGGCUUUCUGCUGGCACUUCUUACCCACCAGUCUUGGCAGAGGUGCAGGACGAUUUCCUUAGAAACUGGAGCUCAGAAUAUUCAGAUGUGCGUCACCAUGCUCCAGCUGUCUUUCACCACCAAGCAGUUGGUCCAGAUGCUUAGUUUCCCGUUGGCCUAUGGACUCUUCCAGCUAUUGGACGGAUUUCUCAUUGUUGCAGCAUACAAGAUGUACAAGAGGAGACUGAAGAGUGACCACAGAAAAAAGGACACAGGUUGUGCAGAAGGCUGCCACGAAAAGAAAUCUGCUUCUCUCAAAGAGACCAGUGCUUUCUUGGAGGCGAAUGAAGAAGUUGCCUUAACUCCGGGACCUUCGGUGCUGAUGGAUCUCCACACAGCUCUUGAGCCAUCGGGCCACAUCUCCUCUUGUACCUAGGAAGGGUUGCUGGCCUGCCUGGUCUCCGUCUUCCUCAGCGGCCAGUAAAGACAGUGCAGAGCUGAUGUGUGGAUCUCAUUGGCAGGGCCUGUAGGAAUAUUUGGAUAUUUAUAUUUUCAUGUGGUUUGUGAAUUGUUAUUGGAUCCAUUUUUGAAAAUGUAUUUCACUUACUUCAGGGAGUUUUUUUUGGGGGGGGGGGUGCUCAAUACAUCUACUAGGUGCUGUGUGUGUUCUUGUCUUCCCGUGCAGUGAAGAUUAAUCCCUGUUGUUAUGCGAAGUCGUUCUGGAUUAGAUGUCACCUCCCACUGCAUACAGCUCUCAUAAAAAAAUGUGGUCAUGUCAAAAACGGUUGUUAUUUUUUAAGGGCUUGGAAAUCUUUUUGGAUUAUAGAUGUAAUACAGUGUAGAGGGAAUUAAUGACCACUUGAGGUUAAAAUGUGAAUGCCCCAUAUUUUCACUCUCUAAUGAUAAGCACAUGUAUAGCCUUCUAAUUUUUGUUUGUUAUAUCAUUUUAAGAAACAUUGAGAUCAUUCUAUAUAUACUGUUUCAUAAGUCAUUUAAUGACAUAGUAUGGAGAAUCUUGUCAUGUCAGUUUUUGUUGAUCUACCUCAUUCUUUAGAACAGUGGCUUCACAGAAGUAUUCCACUGCAUAGAAGGACUGUAAUUUAUUAAGCCAUUCCUUAUUUGUGGACAUUUAGAUAGCUUUGAACUUAUUGGUAUUAUAAUGCUGCUGCAAAUACCCGAACUGUUGUGCAAGUAUUUUUAGAGGAUCACUUCCUACAACUUGAAAUGUCAGGCCAACCUCACAUUCAAAUGUUGGGCAGGCUGCUGUCCGAUGAUGUACAGCAGUGACCGAAUGGAGCUGGCUUCCCACAGCUGCACCAGUCUGAAGAAUGAUCAAUUCUGAUUUGUGAAAAUAUCUCAUUUAUUGCAUUUAAAAAAAUUAUGACUGAAGUAGAGUAUUUUUCAUGAUCACUUGCCUAUUCAUGUCCUUUGCUUGCCUUGCUAUUUGCUUUCCUUUUUGAUUGAUACAUUGUAACACAUGACAAAUAAUGACCCUUUGUCCUGUUUUGUCAACAUUUUACCUGCUUUCAAUCUUUUUUGUUUUCCUAUGUCUUUUGUCAUAUAGAAGCUUUGAAUUUUCUACAUAUUCAGCUUUAUUAGUCUUUUUAAAAAUGCUUUUUGACCUUGGUGCCUGUGAAAUGUUAGAAUGUUGAUGUUUUUGUGUGGAUUAUGAAUUGUGAAAGUAUUUCUUUUUGAGAAUGUAUUUGCAUGAAGUUCUGUUUGGGGGUUUGCUCAACAAAUUUAUCCUCUGCUGUGUGUACUGUCUGGCAUAGGCAAAACCCAUUCCCCUCUCUUCUUACAUUAUUAAAAAUAUUUCCCAUAUAUUUUCCUAUAACUUUUAUGAACGAAAUAUGUAAAUGGUUAUUCCAUUAUGCAUCUACAUUUUUGUGUGGUGUGUUAAGAAUCUAAUUUUUUAUGGCUAAUU